CAAAUGGCUAGAGAUUCGUGAUUGUAAGAUGAUGAAAGAGAUAAUAGUGACAGAAGGAAUAGCAGAAGAAGAAAUGAUGUUGUUUCCUAGCCUUAAAACACUAAGGCUUGAAGGCCUUCCCAAGCUCACAAGAUUCUGCCAUCGAAAUUGCUCACUGUUCCCCUCCCUAACAAAGCUUGCCCUAGUCAAGUGCCCUUUGUUGGAGACGUUCAUCUCUAGUCCUACCAUUGGAGACACAAGUCACGUGACAACAAGUAAAAAAAGAGAAAAUGCUUACAAAUCACCUCUAUUUGAUGCGAAGGUUGCAUUUCCCUGCUUGGAAGAAUUGACAAUCAUUGGAUUGGAGAACUUGAGGAUCAUAUGGCACCACCAACCUCCUGCAGCUUCAUUUCCCAAACUAAAAUCGUUGGCUAUUGGACAUUGUGGGGAAUUAUUAACAGUUGGUUCAUCUGAUAUACUAGGAAAAUUAUGCAAAUCACUAGAGGUGUUGAAAGUAAUUGCUUGUCGCAGUGUAGAAAUGAUAUUUGAUCUUGGAGAAGUAUACAUCGAAAAGUCACACGGUGCGCAGGACACCAUGUGGAACAAAGAUUCCCGAGAUAUUCUCAGUUUUCAAAACUUGCAGUCCGUGAGAGCUGUAGGUCAUCCGAACCUCCAAAAUAUGUUUCCAGCUCCAGUGGCUAUGGGGUUUCAGCAACUUGAAGAGUUCGGCUCAGUCAAUCGCGGGAUAGAGACAGAGAGAGUCGUAGCAUUCGAAGGAGAAGAAGCAGCUCGUAGAUUUGUGUUCUCUUGUUUGUCUACUCUUUACCUGUGGGAUCUACCAAGACUCAAAUGUUUCUACCCAGGGAAACAUGUGACAGAGUGGCCUGUGUUAAAAAAAUUUCGAGGGUAUCAUUUUGAAGGAAUUAAAGAAAAAAAUGUGGAGAGCCUUGACGCAUUUCCGGUUCAACUUCCGCUUUUCACCCUGGAGGAGGUAUGUGUCUGUCUUUGAUUAUUAUUAAGCUCACGUGACAUGUUAAUUAUAGGCAAAUUUUAUAACCCCUCUACCUCACUCUAGGUUGACAAUCUCCCCCCUCAACUUCUUUUCACUGGCAAAUAAAACCCUUUAGUUUUU